AAAAUUUUACAGAUUCCAAAGUGGCUCUUUUUUGUACCUUAGAGCCCCUAUAUCUCGAGAACCAGGUGUGCUAGCGAGCUAAAAUAAACGGCUUUCUCAUUCUUUUACCUAUCUAAAUAAUUCCAUAAAUUUUUAACAAUUUUAAAACAGGCCAGCCGAAUCGUGAUCGAUUUGACGUGGAAUGACCCAUAUAUAUUAAAAAAUAAUAAUUUAUUUAGAGGAUUAAUUAUUUAUUUUUUUUCGAUGGAAUUCCCUGAAAUAGGUGAAAAUUGUACCUUCAGUUCUUGUAACCGAUUAGAUUUUUUGCCUUUCAAAUGUGAUGCUUGUGAAGAAUAUUUUUGCAUAUCCCAUUAUAAAUAUGAAAAUCACAAAUGUAUUAAUGUGCAUAAGAAGGAUAAUUAUAUUCCAAUAUGCCCUAUUUGCAAUGAAAUCAUUUAUGUUCCUAAAGUUCAUCCCAUUGAUAUGAUUGUCAACAGACACAUUGAGAGUACUUGUAAAAGUGAUCUAUAUCCAAUGAAAAUGUCAAACCCAGAAAAUAUAUGCUCAUUUGGUAAUUGUAAUAAAAAAGAAAUUCUACCUUUUAUUUGCAGAGAUUGUAGGCUAAAAUUUUGUAUGAAACAUCAUUUAGCAUUUGAUCAUAAUUGUUAUAAAUUAAAAUCAAAAACUAAUUAUAUUAACAUCAAAUGAUAUAUUGAAAUCAUUGAAAAUUAUUUUAAUUAUAUAAAA